AUGGCCAACAAGGAGAAGGACGAUGAAUUGGGUGUUGCUGCGUAUCGCGGCUACAGCCGCACGCCGAUGCAGCAAGGGCAGGAGUGGUGGUACAACAGUAGCAAUGCCCUACCCUCUCAACCGACUCUUCCGUCUACUACCAGUAACAUUGCCACCACCACCACCACAACAACAACAACAGCAAUUCCUGCUUCUGACGAUGAUGCUGACAACAACUACCAACAGGACAAGGUUUUCUUCUCGGUGUUAGACGUGACGGACAGCCGCCGCUACAAGGUCUUUCUGCGCCCCGACGACAUCUCCAGGCUAAAGGUCUCCAAAAUACGCAAGACGCUCAGCAGUGCCGCAGGAAAGCCACCCUUCUCCUUUGAUCUCUGGGUUGGUGAUGAGGUGCUGCUCGAUAGGGAUGAUGCCAGGUGUGCUGAACUCGGCAUUACGCCACAGACGGUGCUGAAGAUGUGCCCAAGCGGCGAGUUGCCGCAGAAGCAGGUCGAGAGCAAGACCGGUGGUAAAAACAGCAACUUUGGAGAGGAGGAAAUCGCAUCUGUUGCUGCUACUGUUGAACCUGCGUCUGUGACAAGCGUUUUGCAGCAACUCACUGAUGCAGCAUCGGAGGCACCUCUCGCGGUGGAGCUGAACGAGCGGCAGCGAGCACUACAGGCGCAACUGUACGAAGAGGCGAAGCGCUCUCAAGUCUUCUCAAGGGCGGCUGGUUGGAGCCACAGCAGCAGCAGCAGCAACAACAAGAACAACGCCGAUGGCGGCAACGACGGUGGUGAGGUCCUUCCAGGUCACUCCGCGGUGGGUGACGUGUCGGAUGGUAGUGUUAUGGGCGGGCACACCCGCGGCAUCGACGACGGCUUCACUGACUUUUUUGAAGAGAUUUUGGCGAAGAAGACGGUGCCCACGUCGCCGUCAUUGCCGUCCCCAAGUGGCGUCGACAUCAAGGCGGUCUUGCUCGACACAGUCGCUCAAGGGGCGCACUAUUACGACACAUACUCCCACGCAGGCGCCGAAAGAGGUACAACGCCACCGGGUAUGGGUCCUGGCGGUGCUCACAUGAUAAGCGGAGAAGAGGAUGAAGAAGAACGAGUGGGGGAGCUAUCACGGGGAGGAUAUAUUACUGCUGGUGGAGAGAGAUGUAGUGGCUCAGCGCCGACGUGCGGCAGGGAAGCUGAGCUUGUGGAACUAGUGGAGAAGCUGCAGGACGAUGUUAGCGACCUCCUUGCCCUGCAUGUGCGUGAUGAGACGACAAAGCAGGCGCUGCAGCAGGAGCUCGCCUCGUCACAGAGGCGUGUCUGGCAGCUGGAGAAGUCUGAGCAGCAGGCACGGCAGCAGCUCAGUGCCCUCCUCGCGGAGCUGCAGCACGCGCGCAGCGAGAACGGUGAAUCCGUCUUCCCUGAGGAGCAGCUUCGGGCGGCGCUGUGCAAUAUGGGGGUGGCGUACCACAACGAACUCCUCCUGCGCGAGAACGCCGCGCUGGAACGACGGCUGGCGCAGGAGUUGCGCAGACGACUCGAUAUGGCGCUUAUACUUGAGGACAUGAAGGGACACAUCCGCGUGCUUGUGCGGGUGCGGCCGCCGCUCCGCAUUCUGCGCGAGCGGCACAUCAUUGUAGAAGAGGCAGUAGGAGGAGUUUCCUCCAGAGCAGAUGAGGCACGCAUGGUGGCUGACGGGCAGCGCAACACGGUUACAAUCACGGAACCGUACACGGGGGCACGGCAGUUCAACUUUUACCGCGUCUUUGCGGAGAGUGCGACGCAGAAGGAGGUGUUCAGCGAAGUCGCGCCGCUUGUUCAACUUGCCUGCGAGGGCGUCAACGUCUCAGUGUUGGCGUACGGGCAGACGGGAAGUGGCAAGACAUACACCAUCUUGGGUCAGGAGGAGGAGGAGGAGGAGAAAGAGAAGCAGCAGCAGCAGCAGGGCACAUCAUCGUUGACAAGAGAUGACGCCGAUAAAAACAACAACAGCAGCAAAAUCAACGGUAAUGAUAAUAAUACUGGCGUCAGACACCAUAGUAACAACAAUGACAACAGCAAAGAGGCACCCAACGAGGAGGAGGAAUUGGAAGCGGACGACGAUGGCAUCGUACCGCGCACCAUCCGCGUGCUGUUCCAGCAUCUCCGCGCAGAAGCAGCGGCGGAAGCGGCAACACUAUCGCCCGGUGACGGUGAAGCCUCCGCGUCCAUGUUUGAGGUCUCCUGCAGCCUGCUUGAGAUGUACAAUGACAAGGUGCACGACCUGCUGGCACCGCCGCAGGUCGUUGUGCCAACGUUCUACGUUGGCGGCGCAAACACCGCUGAGCCACGGGGGCCGGCGUGUGUCGCGCCGCAGCGCAGCGUAAAGAUUGGGCAGGACGGCCGCAUGUACGUUGUCGGUCUCACGCAGUGCGUCGUGCGUGAUGCCUGCGAUGCAGUUCGGGUACUGCGCGAAGGCGCCUCGCGGCGGCAAGUGCACGCGACGCAGCAAAAUGCCACCUCGAGCCGCUCGCACCUAAUCUUCACCAUCCACCUCGCGCAGCGGCGCCGCAGCGUCGUGCAGCGUGGCGGUGGACGAACGGCCACCGCGUCGGUCGCUUACCGGCGGUUGGAGAGCAAGCUGGUGUUCGUCGACCUGGCAGGGUCGGAGCGCAUCGCAAAGUCGCAAAGUGUCGGGGAUCGUCUGUUGGAGGCGCGGCACAUCAACAAGAGCCUCUCGGCGUUGGGCGACGUGGUGGCGACGCUUUCCACCGCGGCGUCAGCUGCUGUUGGUGCAGGGAUGACGCACGUCCCGUACCGCAACAGUAUGCUCACGGGGCUCCUCCAAGACGUGAUUGGCAGCCGCAGUAAGACCGUGCUGGUCGCGUGCGUGGCUCCAAGUGACCCGCCGUACGAGAAUAAUACCGCCGAGACGAUGACCACGCUGCAAUUCGCCAGCCGUGUGCGCUGUGUACGGAACUUCGCCCCGCCGCUCCCUGUGACAGCAGCAGCAGCAGCAGCAGGUGCUGGGGGCGGCGCUACCACAAAGGGUCCAGCAGCGCAAUGCACAGAGGCAGACACGGGGGCGCAACGCACCACAUGCCCAGUGGGGCGUGGGGUGGCGAAGCUGUGGAUGAGACCAACAGAGUCGUCGAAGUCGCGCGCCGGCGCAGCAGGACGUCAAAAUGCUGGAGGAGUGGUAACCAUCAAUGAUCCAGAGAGGACUGGGGAGAAUAAACGGGCGCAGUCACCGGUGCCUCCCCAGCAGCAGCAGCGGGGGAAUGAUGGAAAUACGGAACAGAAGCCGCGCAUGCGCUUCUAG